CACACACACACACCAUCGGAUGAACAACCGGAGACGCGGAGAGGAAUAAAACUUAGCCCGGAAUAAAGUUGCGCUACAAGAAGCGAGGCGGCCGGCCAUGGGAACCCUCUCAAACUUCGCCGUCGCCGUCGCCGUCGUGGCGGCGCUGGUCACCGGCGGGUCGUGCGGCCCGCCCAAGGUGCCGCCGGGCCCCAACAUCUCGACCAGCUACAACACCCUGUGGCUCCCCGCCAGGGCCACCUGGUACGGCAAGGCCACCGGCUCUGGCCCCGACGACAACGGUGGCGCGUGCGGGAUCAAGGAGGUGAACCUGCCUCCCUACAAUGGCAUGAUCUCCUGCGGCAACAUCCCCAUCUUCAAGGACGGGAGGGGAUGCGGUUCAUGCUACGAGGUGAAGUGUGAGAAGCCGGUGGCGUGCUCGAAGAAGCCGGUGACGGUGUUCAUCACGGACAUGAACUACGAGCCGAUCUCGGCGUACCACUUCGACCUCUCCGGCAAGGCGUUCGGCGCCAUGGCGCUCCCGGGGAAGGAGAGCGACCUCCGCCACGCCGGCAUCAUAGACAUGCAGUUUAGGCGGGUGCGGUGCAAGUACCCGCCGGGGCAGAAGGUCGUCUUCCACGUCGAGAAGGGCAGCAACCCCAACUACCUCGCCGUGCUCGUCAAGUUCGUCGCCGACGACGGCGACGUCGUGCAGAUGGACCUGCAGGAGAAGAGCUCGCCGGAGUGGAAGGCGAUGAAGGAGUCGUGGGGCGCCAUCUGGAGGGUGGACACCCCCAAGCCGCUCAAGGGCCCCUUCUCCCUCCGCGUCACCACCGAGUCCGGCAAGAAGCUCGUCGCCAAGGACGUCAUCCCGGAGAAGUGGAAGCCGGACACCCUCUACAAAUCAAACAUCCAGUUCUAUUAAAUUCAAAAUCCUUUUGUGUUUUUUUCCUCUUCUUUAUGUUUCAAA